AUGUCGCAGAUUGGGCGACUACAGGCUGCUCUUGCCAGUGCCACGAACGAGGUGACCGUCGCUGCAGCGAACAUCAAUUUCGACUUCUGUCUCGUCAAAUAUGACGCACCAAAAGAAUACCAACCUAUUGGUGCCCUCUUGUCAACCCAGCGAAAACAGGAUGCAGAGAGCGGGUCAAGUCACGUCACAGCUCGCCGCCUGGCAGCUCUACUCAACGGCAUUUGCCCUGACACACCCAAUCUUCUUAAAGCAUAUGGUCAGCGUGUCUCAGAGAUCUCAAAGACAGCAUCUAGUCAGGAGUCUACGGACUUUGCCAAUUCAAUGUUUGCGCCAUACUCUGGAAUCGACGCAACUUCGAUUUGGGCAGCUGCAACAUCAUCAGAGCCAGCUCAUGGCAGUGCUUUACAUGUUCAUUUGCUUGCCAGUAUGCUCGCCAAGAUUUGGGAUCCACCAGAGGCCAUUUCCAUAUGGGAUGAGCUUGUGAAAGAGAGGCGUCGUGUGAUUGCUGAUCAGUUGGAGAGAGGAGACUCGCUGCCUUUCUCUCUUGCAACUGCUGCCGCUCAGCAAGACAUCCCCCGCGCCCAGCUUGCUGCUUGGGACGCCAGCGCGAGGGCCUGGCUACAGACUGCCAAUUCAAUCAUGGCGAAGCAGCAGACUCAACUUCGUCUGAUAGUCCAAAAUAUCCAACUACCUAUAAGCGGUGGCACAAACUUAUACUCGAGUGUCAAUGAAGCUUGGAUCAAGGCCUUGACUGUGAUGGAAAGGCUCGUAUCUGGCACUCCUCAAGAGAUCCACGAUGGCGCGGCUCUUCUUGGUCUUGCGGCUUGGCAUAUCUAUCCGGAUAUGCAAAUCUUUGGAGCCCAGACCCUCGACAUACCGAUGCAGGAUGCCCUCGUCAAACCUGGUGGCGUAUUGACACUGGGAUGUGCAACCUCGGCAAGCACUCCCACAAGCGGUAUUACAUGGUCUCUUUCUCUUGCAAAUCUCAAAUUCUAUGGAAGACCCGUCGAAAGCCAGGGAUGGGUACAAAGCAAUCCAGAUCACAUUUCUUUUCACGAACUGAUGCUCGCAACCUUGGGCAGAGUCAUGACUCUGUGGAAUAUUUCAUGGGAAGAGGUUCCGCUUCUAGCAAAGGUUCUGAUGGCUAUGGCUGCGAAAUUGCGCCAAAAUCCCUCUAUUCCUUUGCUUCUUCAAGGAAUAGAACAUUUAGCGGAAGCAGCUAGUGCCUAUCUUCGAGAACCAACGAUCAACUCUCCGUUUGUGAAUCUUGGUAUCAAUCGGCCGGAGUUUCUAUCAGGCAGAACGGAGUCACGUGGUAAUCAACCUAUCCAGCCAGUAUUCUACCUUAAUGAAAGAGAAUUUCUUGCUCAUUUGAAAAAUAACGAGGCGAGGAUCUUAUUCCUCAGACGAUUGGCUGGCCGAAUCCUCAACCAGAGCUCCGACCCUCCCGAGUGCAUCAUACGGUGCAAUGGUUUUAGAGGAACGGAAUGGGCUUCCGUCUUCCCAGAGAAUCCCGCGAAGCGUGGUGCAUCUUGUCAGGGUCUUCCGCAUGCGCGGUGGAACCCGUCUGAUCCGAGAGCUAGUCCAACGGAGGUUCACUACAACAAUUCCAAGCAAGCACGGAUUCACUAUGUCGACCAAGCUCCAUUCGUUCAAAGGCGCCAAGGCGCUCAAACGACCCCAAUGACUGAAUGGUUUGGCGAUACUAAUUCGACUGCCAUCUACGUUAAGUACGAUCCUACACAGCCGGCCAUAUUGAGACCUCAGAUUGACUUAGGAGACCUUCUAUGGGCUCUCGAAAAAGACCUCUUGUUAUUUUACCUGCCGGAAGAUGAAGUAACUUUGGUCUUGGAAAAUUUAGCCUUUGCUUACGAAAGAGUUUUCAAGUAUAUCUCCAGCCCAACAAUUCGGCUCCAGACCUUUUUACGACCGCUGAGCCGAGCUGGAUGGAUAUCCUUUCGUAAGAGGCUUGAUUUAGCUUCACCAACUUUACUCCAAAAACAAUUCAGUAUUUUGUCGUAUUUUGUAUCCGACCACAAUGUUGAGCCACUGGACAUUCCAGAAAACAUAUGUGGCAUAUCAAUUGGGGACUCCUUUUACUGUGUGACCCUAUCAAUGCGUAUUACGAUCGUGGCGUUGCAAGGGUACUAG